GCCAAUCAGUUGCUUCUUUUUUGUCUCAUAAGCAACGUAUCCUUGGUAACAAAUCAAAGUGAUUCGUUUAAAUUGUUAUUUAAUUUCCAUUGGCGGAGUAAUAAGAAUUCUUCAUAAGAAAAAAAUGGUGUUAUGUAUCUGUUUGGGUCCCAAAAGAUCGGGUAAAACACAUUUGCUGAAAGCCCUACAAGAUAUUGAACAAGUUGAUGAUAAUUCCUUUUCGACUCCCACAAUUGGUACGAAUAUUUACAAUAUUGUGUUUCCCAUUGAUACCAAUGGAGAUGACAACAAACCGAAACCACCUCCACCACCAGCAACUGAAACGGAUGACAAUGAAAAUAAAACGGCGGAGAAGAGAAAGAAAAAAUUACCUCCUCUAAAGUCAAUACGUGUUUUGGAAAUUGGUGGAGCUAUGGCACCCAUAUGGCGCCAGUAUUUCAAUGAUGUCAAGAAACUAAUGUAUGUUGUGGAUACAUCGAAUUUGUGUCAAAUAUCGGCAGCAGGUGUUCUCUUCUAUUCCAUCUUGGCUGAGCCGCGUUUGCAAAAGGUACGCAUUCUAUUGGUAUUGUCCAAAAUGGAUUAUGCCUAUCGCCAGAUGCGCAAUGAGGCCUUGCUAAUGCUACAAAUGUCCAAGUUGAAAAGAGAAAUUAGGCAAAAUAUUACAAUUGUUGAAGUUAGCCCUGUGACAAAAGUUGGUCUAGAUGGCAUUUACAAUUGGCUGAAAAUACCUUAAAUCACAAAUUCUACAACUUUAUUUAACACAUCUAUAGAUAGUGAAAGAUAUAUCAUGAUAUAUACACACUGGAAUAAAUUAUAAUUUAUAAUGUUCAUCCAUA